GGCGGAGAGGGAUGCGGCUCGGGGGACCUGGUGCGUGGUGGCGAGGCAGUAUGGCAACGUUGGCUACACGUUCUUCACUCAGGUGGGCGUGGAUCGCCACGAUGCGGCGAGGUGGGGGAGCCCGUCGGCGCUGAAUAGGGAGAGGGAGGAGUUUGGAGACCUGGUGAUCUGGCCUCACAACCUGUCCGGCAUGGCCUUUGGCAUUAGGCAGCUCAUGAUGCUUCAAGACUACCGAGCCAUGAACGAGACCUAUUACUUUUUCAUAUACAUCGAUGACGACACCUUCCCUUGUGUCCCGAUGAUAUCGAGCGAGCUGCAGUGGGUUGUCCACAAGAGCGCGGGUGGCCCUGUGCCUCGCAUCUACGCGGGGCUUCUGCACUGCGAUGGCCGGGGCCGUUACAGGCACGACCAGCACUUCUUGGUGCUGGAGGACAGCGUCGUGGGCGACAUAUUGGACAGGCAAAGCAGGCUCGUGUGCGACAAGUACAGCGGGACCAGCACAGGGGGCUGGGUGUCGCUCGUGGAGAAAGAGGCCGCUCCUGUGGUGUGGCAUGACUUGACACUUGAUCCGUCGACGGAUCCGUCGAACAGGCUCACGGUAAAUAAGAGGCCCAGGUGGUGCUUCAACAGCCUGUACGCCGGGGACCUGGAGCCGGGCGAGUUUGCAGGGGUGCUGCAUAAGUCCUGGAACAAGUCGAAUGUUCAAGGCGCCAUGGCGCUGGACCAGAAGCGACUCUCGUGCCGGGGUAAGGUGCCUGAAGGAGACCUUUACUACGACAUUGUGAAGUUCGCACAGGGGCCUUACCGUGGCGGGUUGAACUGCAUCACCGAUGGCUGGCGCUACUCAACAAUUCGGUGGCACUAA